AUGGAAGACCCAACUACCCAUAUUCAAGAUAACCUUGAUUUCGCUGAAAUUGCAGCUUACAAUGCAAUACAGAGCAUAUAUACCAUUUUUUAUUAAUUAAUAUGCUUAUAUAGCAGAUAAUCAAAGACUUAAUUCAAUUUAAUAAUGAUUACUCAUUAGGAGGCGAAAUUCUCUAUGAUCACUACAUUGAGCAAAAAUCAGUUUCUUUUGCAGUUCAAAAUCUUCAAUCUAUAUUGGCAAACACUUUAGAAGCCCAUUAUGUCAGGCAUGACCUUGGAGAUCCUGAAAUCUGAAAAGCAGAUGAAGAGCCAGUUCCUUGCAAAAUAGACUCAUGGGCUCGAAACUCCAUCCCAGUCAAAAAAAAGAUAAAAAUGCCUUCAGUUGAAACAACAACUCAGCAAGUUCCAGCUGACAUGAAAAGUGUAAAAAGCUUCAAAUCUAGUCGAUCAGCGUUUACUCAAGUAAAACAACUAAAUAAAACACUUACUCUCUAUGAUAAAACAAAUUUAAUAAAAAUAAGCAAGAAAACAUAUUUAUUUUUCUAUUUAGAUGGAGCCAGAAAAUCCGACCCACCGACUCGCCCUUAUAGGCGAGUUUUAUUAAAAUGAUUUUUUCUUAUAUGGAGUUAGAGGAAUGCAAGGAGAAGUUAUUGAAGAAACCAAAGGCCAACCAAUUCCUAUACAGCAAGAAAAUGAAGAAAUAUCAGAGGAAGAAGAACAAAUGAGGCAAAGAAAAGAAAGAGAAAUGAAAAGGAAAAGAGAAGAAAGAGAAAGAAUUAGACAAAGAAAAGAAGAAGAGGACGAAAAAGAGAAAAAAAUUGUAAAAGAAGCUGAAGACUUGAAAAAUAAAACUUUUACCUAUGAUAACAAAGGCAAAAUUGUGAUUGUAAACCCCUUAAAAUAUGACACAAUCCCACCAACUGCAUUAGUAGUAAAAUAUACUCUGCCUGUCCCGAUAGUAGAAGAAAACCCAAAAGACCAAAAAAAGCCUAAAAAAGACCAAACUAAAGAAUUUUCCAUUGUGAAAGCAAGAAAACAAGUCCCAGUACAAGAGCAAGAAUGGGUUAAAAAUGUCACUUCAGUCGCGCCUCCUAUAUUUGACACUAUAAAAUUAACUACUGGAGUAUCCAUAAUAGAAGGAGGAAGAACAAAAUACCCAGUCAAUCAAGCAGGAGGAGAUCUAAAAACGAUGACUAGGAGAGAAUAUAGGACGCUCUCAGAGCAUAGACCAAACCCUUCCAUUAUGAAUAUGGCAGAUAACCUUAACCUGUCUAAUGAUAAAAGAUCUCCAAGAAGCAGCCAAGAGUCUUUUAAGCCAGGCAGCAAUAAUACACAAAGCAAAAAAGAUUUAUUUCUCAUAAAACUAUGAAGUUUAUAUAUUUAUCAAACAAUUUCUUUUUCCUAUAUAGGAUUGGUAUUAAUUUUUUAAACAUUUUUGCAAAAUUAUAUAUAAUUGGAUACUAGAAAGCAUCCCAGACUUUGAAGAACCAAACCAUGAUGUUGAAGAAUUAUCAGAAGAGGAAUCAUUAUCAGGAAGUAAGUCAGUAAAAAUACCAAGAUCCAAUACAUCUAAUAAAGAUCGAAUUUUACAGUAUGGCCAAACCAUUGAAGAAACUGAAGAAAUGAAUCCUGUUGAAAAAUUCAAUGUAUUGCAUUUUUUAUUAAUUUUCUCAAAAUAUUUCAAAUCAUAGUACUAAAUUUCUUAUAAAUCAUAAUUUUGCAAUAAAUUUUGAGCCUAAAAUUUAUAUUAAAAAAAAUAUCAAUUUUAAAAAAUAAACAAUGGGGAACCAAUCCUCCAUUUAAACAAGCUUUUCUUCCAGACAAAAUUCCUAAAAAGCAUCCAAAUGAUAAAGAAGCUUGGAGACUCUAUGCAGACCAGAUAAAAAAACCCAAAGAUGACCCAUUUGCAUCAGUUAAAGAACUCUGGGAAAAAAGAAGUUCUUCACUUAAGAAGCCUCGAGAUCGGCCUUUUAUCGAACGCGUCGAAAAGAAAAAAAGAAUGCCGCCUCCUCCAUUUGGACAAACUAUGGUCAACCAUGUGCCAGAAAUUACAGGAAUUGGCUCAUCUGGGGCUUAUUUAUCAGCAGAUUUUAACUCAUAA